UUUUUUUAUUCUCAAUAUCAGUUUCAUGAUAGAAUAGAAUAGAAGCGUAGAAGCCAUUACCGUUACAGAAGCAGCAGCAGCAACAAUGGCGGCCUCUACACAAGCCACAGAGUUAAGACCAUAUUGCCCCUUGUGCUGCCGUCUCUCACGUCCCUUCCAUCUCUCCCUUUCCUCACGCUCUUCUCUCCUUUCCCUAACUCCCCACAGAAGAAAAAUCAAGGCAAUUCAGAUUGGUGUCAAUGGCCUUCGAAAUAGUGUUAUGCGUAGUAAUUGUGUUAGAGCAGAUUUACGGUGUUCAAAGUUGAAAUCUGUAGGGUUAAGUAAAUACGACGCUCAGACUCGAUAUAAACAGAAUGUUCCAUACAAGAAUCCAGUUUGUGAUACAUUUAUGAAGUUUUCGAAUUUAUCAACUAGCAUGGUGGAGGAAAUGACAGAAGAGGAAGAGCUGAGUUCUUCGCGUUCUUAUGAAACGCAAAUUAGAAAAGUGGGUGUAGCUCCUUGUAAUCCUGAACUUUCCACAACUGCUGAUAGCAUGUUGGUGGAAAUGACAAAAGAGGAAGAUAGGAAUUAUUCGCAUUCCUAUGAAACACAAGUUAGAAAAGUGGGUGUGGCUCUUUGUAAUCCUGAUCUUUCCACAACUGCUACUGAACGGAAAUUGUCGGGUGGUGAUAAAAGAGGAUGGGCUAUGGCAAAAAAUAAGUUAGCUGAAGAUAGGAAGGAAAUGAACAGCGCAAACAAAUUUGAGACAAAAGGUGAUGGCUCUCAAGUAUCUAAUAAAUUAACUUCCGUUAGACGGAUACAAGGUUUUUCUAUGGAGGGAGUUAGCAAUAUUGUACCGCAGGACCAUGGUGAACAUGUCCAAUCUUCGGUUAAAUAUUCCGUUGUAGACAAUUCAAAGACAUUUACAGAUUCUGAAACUGUGGUCCAUCUGCUUAAUGAACCUGCAUUGGAGAUCAGUCAAGAGAAAAUUCCUAGAAUUAAUAUUGACAAUGUUUUGGAGGAAACUACAAAGGAUUCUACUGAUGCAACAUUUGCCAAAAAGGAACGUUGUGCUGACCAGUUAAAACUUCAUGACAGACUCUGUCGUAUCUAUGAAGAUGUUCUGGUGGUUGAUAAUAUUCCUCUUGCAAAAGAGGUUGUUAAGAUGCUCACAGUAAAGUACCGGCAUCUUAUUUAUGCAUGUGAUACCGAGGUAGCCAAGAUAGAUGUCAAACAAGAAACGCCUGUAGAUCAUGGGGAGAUAACUUGCUUCAGCAUUUAUGGCGGUCCAAAAGCUGAUUUUGGAGGUGGAAAAUCUUGUAUCUGGGUAGAUGUUCUUGAUGGUGGAGGCAAAGAGAUUUUAGAAAAAUUUGCUGAUUUUUUCAGCAACCCUUCCAUCAAGAAGGUAUGGCAUAAUUAUAGCUUUGAUUGUCAUGUUAUAGAGAACUACGGAUUCAAGGUUUCUGGUUUUCAUGCUGAUACAAUGCACAUGGCACGGUUAUGGGAUUCUUCAAGACAACUAAAUGGGGGCUAUUCUCUUGAAAAACUAUCAGGUGACAAAAAGGUCAUGUCAAGGGCUCAGAUGAACCAUGAAAAGGAUUUGAUCGGGAAGGUGUCAAUGAAAACUAUAUUUAGUAAGAAAAAAGUGAAAAAAGAUGGAACCGAAGGUAAAGCGAUUAUCAUCACUGCUGUUGAAGAUCUACAGAGAGAUGAGCGUAUACCUUGGAUAUGUUAUUCUGCUUUAGAUGCUAAAAGCACUUUGAAUCUGUAUGAGAGCCUUAAAAGCUAUCUUUCAGACAUGCCGUGGAGAUUUGAUGGUGUACCUGUUUCUGGGAAAACCAUGUAUGACUUCUACAAUGAAUAUUGGCGCCCAUUUGGGGAGAUUCUUGUCCAAAUGGAAGCUGAGGGAAUGCUAGUUGAUCGGUCAUAUCUUGCAGGCAUAGAGAAGGUUGCCAAAGUAGAGCAAGAAAUAGCUGAAGAUAGAUUCCGGAAAUGGGCAUGUAGGUAUUGUCCUGAUGCCAAGUAUAUGAAUAUCGGAAGCGAAAUACAGCUGCGCCAGCUGCUUUUUGGUGGUACCGUGAACAGAAAAAACUCAGCUCUAUCACUUCCAACUGAACGAAUAUUCAAAGUUCCCAAUGUUGAUGGAGUGAUUGAAGAAGGCAAGAAGGCUCCUAAGAAAUUCUGCGAUAUGAAGGUGAAGAGCCUAGGUUAUAACUUGAAGACAGAGAUGUACACAGCAAGUGGUUGGCCAUCAAUUAGUGGUGAUGCUUUAAAGGUCCUGGCUGGAAACAUUUCUUCUGAUUUUGACUUUACCGAUGAGGUUUAUAACUUGGAUCUUGAUGAUGAGCAUGGAAAUCCUUCUCAAAAUCAUAUUGAGGUUCCAAAAGGUGAUAAUUCUGCAUAUGGAACAGCCUUUGCUGCUUUUCCAACAGAGAAAGAAGGGAGAGAAGCUUGCCAUGCCAUUGCUUCUUUAUGUGAAGUCAGUUCAAUCAAAUCUUUGAUUUCAAACUUCAUCCUACCCCUGCAGGGACAUAAUAUAUCAGGAAAGGAUAACCGUGUUCAUUGCUCCUUAAAUAUCAACACGGAGACAGGACGCUUGUCAGCUAGAAGACCAAAUCUGCAGAAUCAACCUGCUUUGGAAAAAGACCGAUACAAAAUCCGUCAAGCAUUCAUCGCUGCACCAGGGAAUUCUCUUAUAGUUGCUGAUUAUGGACAGCUGGAACUUAGGAUUCUCGCACAUCUUGCCAACUGUAAGAGCAUGAUGGAUGCUUUUAAAGCCGGUGGAGAUUUCCAUUCAAGGACUGCUAUGAAUAUGUAUCCAUAUAUUCGUGAAGCAGUUGAGAAAAAGGAAGUGCUUCUCGAGUGGGAUCCUCAGCCUGGUGAAGAUAAACCUCCAGUUCCUCUAUUGAAGGAUGCGUUUGGUUCUGAAAGAAGGAAAGCUAAAAUGCUUAACUUCUCAAUUGCAUAUGGGAAGACUCCAGUGGGGCUAUCUAAGGAUUGGAGGGUUUCUGUGAAAGAAGCUAAGAAAACAGUUGACCUUUGGUACAACGACAGAAAAGAAGUUUUGCAAUGGCAAGAGGAGCGUAAAAAAGAAGCUCGUAAGUUUCACUGUGUCUACACAUUGCUAGGGCGAGCCAGGAAAUUCCCUUUGAUGGCCCAAGCUAAUACCUACCAAAAAGGUCACAUUGAGCGUGCUGCUAUUAAUACUCCAGUGCAGGGUAGUGCUGCUGAUGUUGCCAUGUGUGCCAUGAUACAAAUUUCCAAUAAUAAAAAAUUGAAGGAGCUUGGAUGGAAGUUACUUCUACAGGUUCACGAUGAAGUCAUAUUGGAAGGACCAACAGAGUCGGCUGAGAUUGCGAAAUCCAUAGUCGUUGAGUGCAUGUCGAAACCCUUUUAUGGCAAGAAUAUUCUUAAAGUUGAUCUCUCUGUUGAUGCCAAAUGUGCUCAAAAUUGGUACUCAGCAAAAUAGGUAUAAUAACUAGAUGACUGUUUAUAGAGGUUUUGGUUCCACUGAUGUUUUGGUAAUAUUAAAGCAUACCACUCUAGCUUGGGAGGAAGCAAAAGGCGAAAAACCGGUGGCUUCGACUUUUUACUGAUUUAGGUGGCAUGUUUUUUUUCAUCCUUUGAUUGUGUAACUAUUUUUCAUGCCUUGCAUCAUGUACCAGUAUGGUCUUUUUGUUUGAUGCAAUUGCAAAGUAUAUAUAAAUAUGAGCCCUGUUGAAAACUUUGCAGCAUUCUGCUUAGUAAUUAGUGAAAUUAUUGAGGUUAGUUUUCAGCAUGAAAUAUGAAUCUCAGGGAGUACUUAAUGAUAUUUUGUGUAGUUUUUGGAAGAGUUUAUUUAAACUCAUUUAAUUAUACAUAAGCACUGUUCUUGUCAAAAAAAAAAGCACUGUUAUUUAAACUCAUUUAAAUAUAAAAUGUAAAAUUUCUAAGAAUUGUUAGUGACACAGUCAUCCUUUGAGAAGGACCUGUAGAAAGUGAGUAUUUGUCUGUAUUCAUAUUGUCACCGACUCACUGCCGUGGCUGCUUUCUAGCCAAACUAGUAUGAUCAGCCUCAUUUUCUGACUUAUUUGGAGAAUCUAAACUUAUCACAAAUGUUCA